GAGGGGAGAGAGAGAGGACGGAUGUUCUCGUGAGAGAGAGAGGGGCAAAGAAGGAGAAAGAGCCACGGAAAAACAAAUAAGAAGGCUCCUCCUUUAAUUUGCGCUCUCUCUUCUCUCUCGUUUCUUCUUUCUUCUCACUUGAAGCUCCAAACUCUCCAAAUCUACCCGCAUUCAUUCCUUGCUUCCUGCUUUUCCUUCACGAGAUCCCCAUCCACCCCCUUCCCACCUUCCUUUGCUCUCACCUUUUCUCUCUUCAUGCCUUCUUCUACCGCCAAGAGACCAUUUUGCUUUCGGCCUUCCAUUCUUUUUAGCCACUACAUCUAGUGGCCUUGGCUCGUGUCGGUGGGUGGAGAUCUAAGCGUGAAGGAAAGGUGGCAUUUUGAACCAAAACAUGGCUCACCCCGAGGACAGGACACACAAGGCCCUCACGGCGGCCGGGCUUGAGUCGAUCUCCGAUCGCUUCCACGCUCUCAGCUUUGAGACAAAUAAACCCGAUACUAGGGAGUUUCUCGAUCUCAACUCGCCCGUCUCACCCCUCCCUACGCGCCCCGCCUCCGCCGUCACCCCCAGCAGCAGCUCCAGUUCCUCCGGCUCCUCCAUCACAGCAAAGCCCGUCCCCAAUGCCGGCGGCGGCGGCCGGAAGCCAGAGGUCGGCAUAGCCGGGCGGCGAAGCCACUCCGGCGAGUUACUGGUGGGAUCCAACGACACCGGCCUCGGCACCAUUGAUGGCCGGACUACUAGACCCGGACAUCGGCGUUCCGGCUCCGGCCCUCUUAUUUACUCCGGUACUAGUGUAGGCGCCAGUGCCAGUGCCAGUGCCGGAGUCAGCGCUGGCAGCAGCACGGCUAGCUCUCCGCUGACGAAUGUGCUCCCCGCCGGCAACAUCUGCCCGUCGGGGAGGAUUAGCAAGACCGGCAUGAUGAGCCGGAACGCGGCGAGGAGCGACGUGCUCGGUUCCGGGACCGGGAAUUACGGGCACGGCAGCAUAGUGCGUGGCGGGACGAGCGGCGCCGGCUCGGGGAAGUCGCCGGGCUGCGAGUUGUCGGUGGGGAGUGCCGGGGAUCCGGCAGUGAGGAGGGCGAUGGCGAGCACGGAUCCGGAGGAGGUGAAGAGGGUGGGGAACGAGCAGUAUAAAAGGGGCCAUUUUGCUGAUGCUUUGAGGCUCUACGACCGGGCGAUCGCUAUGUGUCCCGACAAUGCCGCCUGCCACAGCAACCGGGCGGCGGCGCUCACGGGGCUGAAGAGAUUGGCGGAGGCCGUGAAGGAGUGCGAGGAAGCUGUUCGACUGGAUCCGGCUUACGGGCGGGCGCACCUGAGGCUGGCUUCCCUGCUUAUAAGGUUAGGACAGGUUGACGAUGCUCGGCGGCACCUCUUCUUGGCUGGGCCACAGCCGAACCCUGUUGAGUUGCAGAAACUGCAGGCAGUUGAGAGGCAUUUGGGCAGGUGUGGGGAUGCCCGGAAGAUUGGAGAUUGGAAGAGUGCAUGGAGCGAAAGUGAUGCUGCCCUUGCAGCAGGAGCAGACUCUUCUUCGCUGAUUCUUGCUUCAAAAGCAGAAGCCCUUCUCCGGCUCCAUCAGCUCGAAGAGGCCGACUUGGCAAUAUCCAGUGCAUCCAAACUCGAGACCUCAUCCUCGUCCUCCUUGAAUACCAAGUUUGUUGGUAUGCUCUCCAAUUCAUUUGUCCACUUUGUUCGUGCCCAAGUUGAAAUGGCACUAGGAAGGUUUGAGAAUGCAGUUUCAGCAGCUGAGAGAGCCAGGCAGAUAGAUCCUGGGAACCUAGAAAUCACAACCAUGCUGAACAAUGUGAGAUCUGUUGCACGGGCCAGAUCCCUCGGAAAUGAGCUCUUUAAUUCUGGAAAGUUUGCAGAAGCAUGCUUAGCUUAUGGGGAAGGACUCAAGUAUGACCCCUUAAACCCUGUGCUCUAUUGCAAUAGGGCAGCUUGCAGGUCGAAGCUUGGACAGUGGGAGAAAUCUGUUGAGGAUUGCAAUGAAGCCCUCAGGAUCCAACCCAACUACACCAAAGCACUUCUAAGACGUGCUGCCUCCAAUAGCAAGCUUGAGCGUUGGGCUGAAGCUGUGAGAGAUUAUGAGGUUCUGAGGCAGGAACUUCCAGGUGACACUGAGAUGGCUGAAGCCCUGUUCCAUGCCCAAGUUGCACUGAGAACAUCUCGUGGUGAGGAGGUCUCUAACAUGAAAUUUGGUGGGGAGGUUGAGGAAAUUACAGGUGUUGAACAAUUCCAAGCAGCUAUUACUUUACCUGGAGUUUCUGUUGUCUAUUUCAUGGCCGCAUUGAACCAAAACUGCAGCCAGAUCACCCCGUUUGUGAAUGCCCUUUGUACCAGAUACCCAUCAGUGAAUUUUCUCAAGGUGGAUGUGAAUGAGAACCCAGCUGUUGCCAAGGCAGAGAAUGUGAGAAUAGUCCCGACGUUUAAGAUCUAUAAGAACCGAACAAGGGUAAAAGAGAUGAUCUGCCCCAGCCAGCAGGUGUUGGAGUACUCGGUGAAGCACUACGGUUUUUAGUUAAGGAAGUUAUUGGUUCUAUGGUUCUUUGGUGUUUCAUGGCACCUCCACCUUCUUCAAAUUAUACAAAUGCUAGCGCCAAUUGCAAGCCAGCCACAUAAUAAUUUAUUGAGCAAAAAGUAUGAACCACAGCGAGGGGAGACAUUUUU